AAAAAUUACAAGAGAGUUAUUCUUAUGUGCAGGUGCGCCAUUUCCGUUCUACUGACAAAAACGUAUUUUUGUCAUUUCAUAUGAUAAACCUUGAGCUGGCCACGCUAAAAUACAUUGGUUUUUAUUCAGACAGGACGUUUGCACGUUCCAGUCGUUCAAGAAACACAUAGGAGUUUCAGGUUUUAAAAAGAGAAUGUCUGAUGGCCAGGAAUACACUGUGUAUGAGACGACAGAUGGGCAGCAGCCAGUCACGGUAACAGUGAAUCAGAAUGGUGAAGAUUUACAACAGAUACAGUACAUCACACAGGAUGGUACAGUUGUUUCUGCGGGACAGAUUGUAGCUGGUGGAGGAAAUGUUAUACAGGUGGCUGAUGGGGUUCAGGGUAUUGGUGCCCAGUCAGGGGGCCAGCAGCUGAUACUGAACCAGGCAGCAUCUCAGCAACAACCACAGGCUGUAGGAACACAGAUUAUACAAGGUCAGUCAGCACCAGCAGGGAGCACAGGUACUGCUAACUCACUAGGGAUACCACAAAUGUUGUUCCUAAAUCAGAUCACAGUAAAUGGUCAGACUUCAUUUGUAUUGGUGGAUGCACAGAACAAACCUGUUCAACUUCCACAAGGUAUACAAGUAAUAAAUUUACCAAAUCAACAACCUGGUCAGCAAAUAGCAAUGCCUGGUGAGACAGGGGAAGAGCCAUUAUAUGUCAAUGCCAAACAAUAUCACAGAAUCUUGAAAAGGAGGCAAGCAAGAGCGAAACUUGAGGCUAUGGGUAGAAUACCUAAAGAAAGACAGAAAUACCUGUAUGAAUCUCGUCAUCGUCAUGCGUUGAAGCGACAGAGAGGCUCUGGAGGAAUAUUUGUAAAUAGUGAAGACAAAAAGACAGAUCUGUUUCAAACAAAUGGGGAUCACAAAUCAACAGAAUCACAGCUGUUGUCAGGCAGCUCAAAUGACAUUGCAUUGCCAAUUGUUACGCAAGCAUCAGAUCUUGUUCUAGGCUUAGAUACAUAGUUGCUGAAAACAACCAUGUUUCAUUUGUAUAUAAACAUCGUUCUUGUAAUUUGUACUAUUUGUUCUGUUCCAGCCAAACUGGAGAUGCUUUAUAUGCUAAUUUGCUACAUUUGCUUAUUUGGGUUUAUUGGCAGUAUUCUUAUACAAUGUGUAGCAGUUCGGAAAAGAAAUGCAGACAAAAUAAACAGAAACAUAAUGCAGAGCAAGAGGUGUGGUUUAAGACAGUGCUCUCAUAAUCAAGCUUCUUCAACAGUGAACUAAAGCAUCUCUGUAAUAGAGAUGAAUGGGAAAAUGAACAGUGGAACAUUGAAACUUCACGCAGUAGUGCUGUAAAAGUUUUAGGUGCAACUUUUCAGACUAAAUUGUGCUAUAAAUUUGUUAUGAAAAAUAUGUUUUGGUCAGUAUUGCCACAUUAGAUGAAUAACCUGGGACAGUUGGUCAGUUAAUUAGUUUACAUUUGUACUUAUAACAUAGAGUAACAGUUACAAUUUUAAAAGGUUAUUGAUCUGCUGUCAUAUUUUUCCUCAUCAUUGUAUUGUUUGAGACAAAAAUGCACAUAAUUAAAUUAUUAUUGAUGGUAA